CCAUUUUGAUGAGAUCCUACGUGAAGCUGAUGGCAUUAUUCUCUCUCGUGGCAACCUAGGCAUUGAUGUCCCACCUGAGAAGGUUUUCUUAUUUCAAAAAUUUGCUGUCUACAAGUGCAACAUGGCUGGAAAACCUGCAGUUGUUACUCGAGUUGUGGACAGUAUGACUGAUAACCUGAGACCAACUCGUGCUGAGGCUACUGAUGUUGCAAAUGCCGUAUUGGAUGGAAGUGAUGCAAUUCUUCUAGGUGCAGAGACACUGCGGGGUUUAUAUCCUGUUGAGACCAUAUCCAUUGUUGGCAAAAUUUGUGCUGAGAUAAGCCUCUUCUAUGGUUUUCACCAGUGAAACGGUUGGCAUCCACAGUUACGCGAGGACUGAAUCCACCCACCUUUGGUUCAACCAAUACGUUAAGUGGAUUUGCAUUGGAAGGUGUGUUGCAUUAUUAGUGAAUUCGAUUAUUUUUUAAGUUCUUGUACUAUUUAUA